AUGGGACGGAAUGAGGAUGAAGCACGCGAGAUCCUGUUGCGUCUCGCAGGAGCCAAGUAUCUGUCAACAUUCGAUGCUAAUAUGGGGUAUUACGCGCGUCGCCUUGCUGCCUCAAGCCGUGGUCACACAGCUUUCUGUCUUCCGUUCGGGAAGUAUCAAUACAAACGACUCCCAAUGGGCAUUUCUACAGCACCGGACGAAUACCAAGCCUGCAUGGAGAAGAUUUUUGGCGAUCUGGCUUUUGUCGUAGUCUAUUUGGAUGAUAUACUCGUCUACUCCGAUAGUGAAGAGACGCACCUAGAGCACCUACACAUUGUGUUCAAGCGACUAACCAAGUAUGGGGUAACUCUCAACGGAAAGAAGUGCCACAUCCUCAGACAGUCCGUCGACUAUCUCGGCUUUACGCUGACAUCUCAAGGGAUCCAGCCCCAACAAAAGAAGAUUCAGGCCAUCCAACAAAUUUCCGUCCCCAAAACCAGGAAGGAACUACGCCGCUUCCUCGGAAUGAUUAAUUACUAUAGAGAUAUGGUACCCAACAAGACGGCAUUGUGCCAACCUCUCAACCGAUUCACCAGCUCCAAAGUCCCGUUCGACUGGUUGUCUAGCGACACGGAAGCAUUUCACGCUAUCCAGAAAGCGUUUGCCCAAGCCGUACUGCUCGCGUUUCCUGACUUUGAGCAACCAUUUCACGUCUACGCCGAUGCCAGCGGAAAGCAAAUCGGUGGCAUCAUUAUGCAGAAGAACCAGAUUCUCGCCUGCUAUUCCCGAAGUCUCAACAAGCAUCAAGUGAAUUACACAACGAUGGAGCUUGAGCUCCUCUCUAUCGUUGAAAUGCUGCGCGAAUACCGCACCAUGCUGCUCGGGUUCCCUGUGGUUGUUCACACCGACCAUAAGAACCUAAUUUAUCCGACCGAAACCAGCCUGCGCGUUAAGCGCUGGAAGCUCCUGUUGGCUGAGUACAGGCUAUCGAUGCAUUACAUCAAGGGAACCAAGAAUGUUGGUGCUGAUGCGUUUUCCCGGAUGAGAUUCGAUGCGAUGAACACGAAGACUCAUUUGCAGCUCGCGGACGAGAUAUGCGCUACCGCUGAUGAACCAGAUUGUGUCAUGCAUGGUCCGGUUCUUCGCGAACAUCAAGAUAAGGACUUGAUGAUUCAAAAAAUCAAGACAGCUUGCCUCAACGGCAACAACAAUCCUGACUAUCAGCUUCUACCUCUACUCGGCUGCACGCUGGUCGCGUACCAAAAGCGCGUCAUCGUGCCCGAUAGCUUGCGAGAAGAUCUCAUUCGUUGGUAUCAUUUAACGCUCAGUCACCCUGGCGGUGAACGACAGUACAAGACAAUGAGGCAGAUUCUCUACUGGCCCGGAAUGGAAGCCGCGAUCAUCAAGAAUGCGAAAGAUUGUCUAAUUUGCAAGAAGGCAAAGGUCCACGGAGGCAAGCAGGACUAUGGAUUACUACCACCACGAACACUCAAGACGGUGAACCCCUUUGACACCGUUCAUGUCGAUCUCAUUGGUCCCUACGAAGACGGACACUACGGUAUUACCAUGAUUGACCAUGCGACGCGUUGGCUGGAAGUGGGUAUUCAGCACGACAAAACUUCGCUGACCACAGCCGAAAGCUUCGAUCGUGAAUGGCUGUGCCGCUACCCGCGUCCUGUAACGGUUAUACACGACCUAGGAACGGAAUUCACUGGUGAUGAGUUUCAAGAAUUGCUCCGCAGCUACGGGAUACAAGCCAAGCCUAUAACAAGCAAGAACCCUCAAGCUAACGCUAUUUGUGAACGCGUUCACCUCGAGAUUUUAAAUGUCAUCAGGUGCCACGAUGGCACUGACUGGAAGAAAACCAUUCACUACGCUGCAUUCGCCGUGCGAGCAAGCUACCACAGCAUUCUUAAUGCUUCCCCAGGUCAACUACUCUUCGGUCAAGAUAUGAUCACUCGUCAGCUUUAUAACGCCAACUGGAGCUAUCUAUCGAAGCGUCGUUUUGAUGCAAUUCUCGCCGACAAUGACCGCGAGAAUAGCAAACGCCUCGAGCAUUUCUACAAUACGGGAGACCACGUGAUGUUACGCGUCCCCAAGAAGUUCCGUGCAAAAUUGCACGCAGUGGCAACCGGACCUUUUGUUAUCCGCCAAGUUCACAGCAACGGCACUGUGACCAUCGACAAGGGAGCAAUGGCAGAACGUGUGAGCAUCCGCCGCAUUUUUCCGUGCUAA